AUGGUCUUCUAUCCUCCUCCUUGGGUCCCCAAGCUCCCCUUCGACCCUCCCGACUCAGUCACCAUUGGCGAGUUUAUGAAGAAUGAAGUCUACGGCCGCCGCCCCAUCGACAAGAGCAAGAACCCUUGGACAUGCGGCCUUACCGGCAAGACAUAUACCGCGAAGCAGACCUUUGAGAGGACAGAGCUCCUUGCAAAGGCCCUCCACAAGAUAAUGGGAUGGGAGCCCAACGCCGACUUGCCCUGGGAUAAGGUCAUCUGCGUCUUUUCCUUCAACACCAUCGACUACGUUUCCGUCCUCCACUCGGUCCAUCGCUUGUCUGGCAUCGCAACUCCUGCCAACGUCGCAUACAACGCUAGUGAACUCGAGCACCAACUUCGCUCUUCUGGCGCAAAGUGCCUGUUCACAUGUCUGCCCGUCCUAGAGACCGCCCUCAAGGCCGCCAAGGCCGUGGGCAUCCCUGAAGACAACAUCUUCCUCAUGGAUCUGCCUCACCAUUCCCCUAAGAAGCUUCCCUACAAGACCGUCGACGACCUCGUUGAGCUCGGCCGCUCCGUACCCGACCUCGAGCCGCUCCAAUGGACCAAGGGUCAAGGCGCGCGCCAAGUCGCCUUCCUCUGCUACUCGAGCGGCACCUCUGGUCUUCCCAAGGCCGUCAUGGUUUCCCACAAGAACGUGAUUGCCAACACGAUGCAAAUCUGCCUAUUUGAAGAUUACGGUCGCAAGAAGAAGGGUGUCGAGACACAAGUCGAGCUCGGAUUGCUACCCUUUAGCCAUAUCUACGGCCUUGUCGUGGUCGCUCACUGUGCCCCAUGGCGCGGCGACGAGAUCAUCGUUCUACCCAAGUUCGAGUUUAACGAUUUCCUUCAGGCCAUUGAAAGAUUCAAGAUCAACUACCUCCCUCUGGUACCCCCCAUCAUCGUUCGUAUGUUGAGUAACAGGGAUACUGUCAAGAAGUUCGACUUGAGCAGUGUCCGCCAUGUCUUUACGGGUGCCGCCCCUCUUGGAAAGGAGACACAGGACGAAUUGCGCAAGCUGCUCCCCAAGUGGAAUGUUGGCCAAGGUUAUGGCUUGACGGAAACGUCAACUGUCAUUUGCGCAACAAGUGAGCAUGAUAUUGUGCAGGGCACAUCAGGCUCUCUGGUCCCUGGAGCUAAGGCCAAGGUCAUCGACCAGGAUGGAAGGGAGAUUACAGAGUACGGAAAGCCUGGUGAACUUCUCGUCCAGUCGCCAUCGGUUACUCUUGGAUAUCUGAACAACGAGCGUGCCACCAGCGAAACUUAUGUCUUUGACCAAGAUGGAAGGUGGAUGCGAACGGGAGACGAGGUCAUUGUGACCAAGUCGCCGGCGGGAUACGAACAUAUCACUAUCGUUGACCGUCUGAAGGAGCUGAUCAAGGUCAAGGGACACCAAGUUGCGCCCGCCGAGCUAGAAUCCCAUCUCCUCUCCCACCCCGCUGUAGACGACUGCGCUGUCAUUGCUGUGCACGACGAUCGCGACGGAGAAGUGCCAAAGGCUUUUGUUGUGACACCCGCUUCCAUGUCGUCCCGCCCUGACGCGGAGAUCGCGGCUGAGAUCAUGAAGCAUGUGCAGGAGCACAAGGCCCACUACAAGUGGCUCAAGGGAGGUGUCGAGUUCAUCGAUGCUAUUCCAAAGAGCCCAAGUGGAAAGAUCUUGAGGCGCUUGUUGAGGGAUAAGGAUAGGGAGGCUAGACGGGCUCAGGGUGCUAAGCUCUGA